UUUUUUUUGUUUUUGUUUUUGCUUAGGUGGUUAAAACUUUCCUUCUAAUUGCAGGAGAUUCACAUUUUCCACCGUUGUAACUCUAAAUAAAAACAUAAAAAAAAACAUAAAACUUCAAAGGUUACGAUUAAAAUAGGGUGUUGUUAAACGUCGUUCGCAUUUUACUAGGUGACGUUCACAUUUUUUACAUGAAUUUCCUAAAUUGCCCUCCGUAUAUAAAUACUCGAUAAAGUAAGUAAGGGCUUUACGAGACAUUUCCCAUCUCACAAAAUCACUCUUUGACACUUUCUCUCUCUAAAACCUUCCAAAAAAAUCUGAAAUUUUGAAAAAAAAAAAAUCAGAAUUUUUUUUUUAAAAAAAAAAACCAAAAUAGUUGAAGGCUACUCAAACACAAGCAAAUCUUGCAAUCAAACGUUGAAUCCGACAAUGGCAGACCGACGGAGAAUUAGGCUGACAUUUGGUGGUCGUGGUGGCGGCGUUAGCGGCGGCGAGCCGAUUGAGGGUUCUGGUCCUCGUCAUGCAAGAUCAAGACGUUUGAAUGCGUCUGUUAGGAGGGAGUUAGGUGGUGCAGGACCUUCACAUGCACCGUUUCAGCAUGAGCAGCAGUAUGGGACUGUUGGUGCUUGGUCGGGGGAGCACCAGUCACAGGGGAGCGCCCCCAUGUAUUCGUCUACUGGAGUGCCUUCAUCAGAUGAGGAUAAGGAUGAAGAUCGAGGAAGUCAAUCUGCUGGAGAUGCACAGUACGACCCUCAGGAUUACCGUACUGUGUAUAGGGGUGACCAUGGGAGAUAUGUUAGCAGUAGUGAACCAGGUCAAGCUUCUACCAGCUCGUCAGAGUCAUGGGUGGUGCAAGAGCCGAUGCCAGGUGGGCCUGAGGAUGGUACCGUUAUUCCGAGUUUUGGGGGUCACGUGUCUGCCUACAUAUGGGGUGGGCAGGAGCGAAACGUGCUGCGGUGUUUGAGCAGGACACAAUUGUGUUCUGAAUUGGGUAACUGGCGCGCUCGUCUUCCGCCGAAGCACCUGGAACCGAUCGAUGGCACUGGUCUAUCUCAUUUACCCGGGAUCAUGUUCCGGCGAUUUGACUGGCCCUUAAUUUCUGCUUUUAUUGAGAGAUGGCAGCCAGACACGAACACGUUUCACAUGCCUUUUGGGGAGAUCACGAUCAUGCUGCAUGAUGUGUAUCAUAUUCUAGGGCUUCGUGUCGACGGUUCCACGGUUUCCACUACUCCUAACACGAACGUUUUACGGGACGCGUGCUCGGUUACCUUGGAUAUGACUGAGGAAGAGCUGAAUGAGAAGUGCGGUACCAAAACCGUAUGGCAGGGUAGUGGGGUCCCGACUGAGAGGAUAGUGGAGUCGACCUUGGAGGCGCAGAGGCCCUUCAGUUUCCAUUACAGGGCGUACCUGUGGUUAAUACUCGGCGGUUGUUUGUUUUUGGACAAGAGUGGAAACCGUACUCAUCCUUCCUUCCUCAACGAGCUAUUUGUUGAGGAUGUUCAGAUUAGUGAGUACUCCUAG